CCGAGCCCGCCCGCCACGGUCUCCGGCGCCAGCUACGCCGCUGCCGCUGUCACUAUGGCCCAUUACAAAGCCGCCGACUCGAAGCGCGAGCAGUUCCGGAGGUACUUGGAGAAGUCGAGGGUGCUGGACACGCUGACCAAGGUUUUGGUAGCCUUGUAUGAAGAACCAGAGAAACCUAAUAGUGCUUUGGAUUUUUUAAAGCAUCACUUAGGAGCUGCUACCCCAGAAAAUCCAGAAAUAGAGCUGCUUUGCCUAGAAUUGGCAGAAAUGAAAGAGAAAUAUGAAGCUAUUGUAGAAGAAAAUAAAAAACUGAAAACAAAGCUUGCUCAGUAUGAACCACCUCAGGAGGAGAAGCGUGCUGAAUAGGAUUCUUCUCAGUUGAAAAGACACUGAAAAAUGGUUUCGUGUGACUUGAAUAGUUUGUAUAGUAUAUAAUCUUUUCCGAACAGAUGCUAUAGCACUCUUUUAAUAUGUUAAAUUCACCUAUCACACUUUAACUGUUAUAAACACAUAUACUUAGAAUCACCAAUAAAAACUCAAUAUAA